GAAAUACUCGAUCGCGCGUCCUGCUCGUAAGUAUCUCGGUUCUCCGCGCGUUCCAAUGUCUGAUGAACCGUUUAAAGCUCCAGAAAGAUCACCGCUGGCCAUUGCCGUCCUUCGUGUCAUUCUUCACAGAGGUAAGCGCAACGCCGAUAGAACGUCGAAAUACGUGUUGAAUGAUCAUCUGAACAGGCACGAGAUCGCCGUGGUUUUGUCAAACCGCCUGUCUCCAUGUGGGGAGCGAACGAGUGCAUUGAGCCAAACGACAUUUGGGCGAUAUUUCAGUCACACGAAGACGCCUGUACAACGCUUUCCCUCUCUCACCCCUCCGUUACCAUCUCCCCUGCUCUUCAGACCGAUUUGGAGCCUUUUGAUAGGCUGUGCAGAGUUGAUUCCCUCUUGAAGAAUUCUCCUGCGAUUUCAUAUCCUGCUGGUCUCCGCAUGUCCUUGUCAACGCCUGACCUGCACAAAUGCGCGCAAUUUGGGACGCCUGCAUUCGCCCAGACAAUCGGGGCACCGAACGACGACUUUGUCAUCUCUAGCAAUCCGCCCAACCCGCGAACGACAUUCAGACUGGGUGACUGGAUAUGCAAUUCGCCCAACUGCGCAGCGCACAACUUUGGACGUAACCUAGCUUGCAGAGGUUGUGGAUGUCCACGUUCUGAGAACCAACCCUCAACGAUGCAGCGACAAGGGUCUUGCGGGCCACCCCCGUCACGCCUUCCAGUGUCACCCCGCUUCGUUAAUUCAUCCGGACACACGCCCAUGCCGCAAAGCAGUCUUUCUCCACCGGUCCCCGCUCCUCUUUACCCCAGUGUCGUUCAUAACGUGCGUCAUGCACCCCCGCCUAUCCAGCCCAGCAUGAUGAGUGCAAAGCCCCCCUCGCCUGCCCAUCCUCUCCUCACUCCAUCCGGUCGUUCUUUUGCGGUGGGAGGAAAGGUACAAAACGUCUCCUCGGACCCGCUGUCGCCGUGUGUCAUGUAUUGGCCGGAUAACGAAUCAUUCCCAGAACAGGGUCAGAUUCGACCGAGCAGUUUGAUGCCCCCGAUCCUGAACACUGGUAAUCGUGGGCCUAUUGAACAUCAGCCUGGUGAUUGGAUCUGUCAGAAGUGCAAUUAUCUGAAUUGGAGACGCCGUAAAGUUUGCCAGACUUGUUUCCCCUAUGCUGAAGGAAACGGCGAUUCUAUCUCCGCUGCUGUGCAAGCGGAACGCAUCAACUUACUUACGUCGCUCCUUGCGCAGAACCAGCUUCCGCUUGCGAGUGGCCCCCCGUCCCUUCCAUCUCAGGUUCCUCGGUCUCAUUCCAUGACACCCCCACAGCGUCGUCGUAUGUUCAUGGACAACGUUCCUCAGAAUCAAGUACCCUACCGAUCCCGCUCGCAUUCCAAUUUUGACGUGGGCACCCAAUAUUCAGACCCCCAGUUCAUCUACGAAACGUCUGCCCCCCGUCGUACCUCGCCGUCUUCGUUCCCAAGCCUUGGUGACCUUGAAGACCAUCUUCCCUCCAAUAUCCCCGCUCCUUUACUUCCUUCUUUCCUGCAGGAUAUCGUGCAAUCCCCCACUCUGUCUCCGAGUUCUACCUCGUCCACUGACCUCUCUCCAGAGGAUUAUGACGAUAGUUUCUCUUCGGGACGCUCAUCAUUUGGGAAGGAUCGCAUUGUCAUGAACGACUCUUCUUCGAACCUGCCUGUUAGCAAUAUCUGGAAGCUAAACGACGAGGAAACGAAGGGUAUCGCAGGCGUUGCAUUACCUCACAUUGGUCUGAUAGGGAGUAGGAAAAGCAGCCAUGAGGCGUUGCGUCGCCGACCUAAUUCGCCUUGAUUUCACCGUGUAUAUACAUUAAGCAUAGGGAAGGAUACCGACAAGCAAGGCCAUGGAUGGACAUGCGGACAGCGUCCUGGGUAUUGUAUGGAGAAUACGGUUAGAGUGGGUUUUCUGGUAUUUUUAUUUGUUCUUUCCCUAGUGCUGGCUCAUAUGAUGGACUGCUUGCUUUGACGCAAGACGUCCUCGCGCAUUUUUCUGCUUCAUCUUUGCACUUUCAAGUUGGAUCUCGCAAUCGCACCAGCAUAUUCUGCAUAUUGUUUAUCUUGGUCAUUUAUUUUAUCUUGGAGUUCUUACGCCUCCCUUAUGUACUACUGCAUAGUCUAAUUGUGUUCGUAAAAGUUUGCAAUAGUAUCGACGUGUUCACCAGUUAUAGGAGCUUCACUA